UAACUGACUGACGAGAGAGAGAGAGAGGCAACGAUGUUGCAGUUUCCGGCAUUCAUGACGCAGUACCCAUGGUCGACCAGGACGAUACCGACGUCGUUUUUGCUUCCAUCACAGUGGCCCCAACCGCACAGCGAAGAACUCCUUCUCGCCAUGGAAGAGUCGGACUUCGAAGAGAAGUGUAAUGAAAUCCGGAAGAUGAAUAGUAACCUGGUUGUGAUUGGGAAAACACAUGUUGAUAAUGAUAAAGAAGAUUAUGAUAACGACGCAGAUGAUGAAGAUGCUGACAAUGCAGAUGAAUCUGAAGGGGAAGAGUUUGAGCAAGAAACCAGUUGAAGAUGUAGACUGUCAACCCGAUGGACUCAAUUAUUAUUUGGCUCUUGAAGACAAGGUAAUUGUAAUUGGAAGGGAUAAGUAACGUGGUAAAACUCAAGAUUUGUCUUUAGUAGUAAACUAGUUGUUUGUGUCUUUCUUUAGUCAAGCCUACCAAAUUGCCAAAUUGCAAUCAGCAUCUUUUUAAAAUUUUAUUAUUUGCUGGUUAGGUUCUUAAGGAUCUUUCAAUUGUUGGUCCAGUCCAGGAUACAACUUAAAUAUGACCCAUUACCAUUACUUAUUGUUA